AUGCUUCUGUUGUAUUUUUUGUUGUUUGGGUUGAUAUCAGGUAAGGGAUCGUAACAUUGUCGAAGAUUAAUAUGUUUUAGCUGAGAAUUGUAACUUUGAGAAUGGGCAGACGUGUGAGCUGUGGAAGUUUACCAACUCAAAAGAUGUCAAGGCUGACGGAAAAACUGUCAAGUUCAACAAAAACGAGAACUUUCGAGUCGUGGUUGGGAGUGGGUUCAACAAUUCCAGUAAGUUUAAUUAUUUUUAUAUAUUUUAAUCAUAAUUUUGUAAUUCUUUAACUGAAUAACUAGCUUAAAUAUUACGUAAAGUACGAAAUAUUAAUUAUGGAAACUUAAAAGCGUUUUCAAAAUUUAGGUUAUAAACUUUUUCAAAAUUUAAACACUUUAGACCACUAUGCCUACUUUUCGAGCGCCGAACCCAAAAAGUUUAUUCCCAUGGUAAUUAGCUUAUACUUCCAACAUACCGUAUCUACAGUAAGUUAAUUCAAUAUUUUUGAAUUUCCGUUUAGUGUGAACUCGUCUUUCGUCAUCAAGUUCAUGGGUUACCUGGAGCUGAACUGCUAGUUACAACUCAACAUCUCGACCACAAGCCCAUGCUGGAGUUCGAAGAUAACGAUGAAGAAAAGGAAGAUUGGGUGAGGCCAACCUUCAGGGCUAGUUAUCGACCGACUAGAGAAGGGCAGGAGCGGUAAGAUUCUAUGUCAAUAUACAACGCAUCUUGCUUUUACUCUGUAAUGUAGUUAUUACACAGCAUACAACUCUCGUUUUCAGAUGGGUCCAAAGCCGAGUACCAGUAGGCCAGAUCCUGUAUCCUACCAGAAUCCGAAUCGAAUGUCACAGUGCCAAACAACAGAAGGACAACAGCGUCCAGAACGUGGAAUGUCGUGUCGAUGACAUUCAACUGGAGAACUGCGACGAAGAAGUCUGGAGCGCGGAUUCGUGUUCUUCGAAGCAAAUGAAGAAGUACCUGUGUACCAAAAGUGAUCAGCCAAAGUGCAUCGACUAUGCUGACGUCUGUGAUAUGAUUCCCGAAUGUGAGAACGACGAAGACGAGGACCUGGUCAUAAAUAAGUGCGAUCAAGUACCUCAAGGUGCACGAUGCGACUUUGAAGACGAAUCUGAUACUGGCUGUGAGAAGUGGAGAUUCCAGAAGGGAGUAAACAGUACCAAGUAUCUCAAGAGGAUCUCCAUGGAAGACACGAUGGGAGUGAAUCCACACGGACUGCCUCCAGAUGGGUACUUUUAUCAUGGUACACAUAGAAAGACGGGUAGAUUAGUUGGAAUUUUAUAUAAUAUACUCUGACGGUACCAUUUAUAAUAAAAAGAGUAACAAUAUCUAAUACAAAGACAUUCUUAUAGGUCACUUCUUGUUCUUUUCUACCUUCGGAGCAGAAUUCGAACGUCAAAGCACGGGCGAAGUGUUCUAUAUAUCAGCGUUCUCGCCAACGUUCCCAGCAACUUCUCCUAAAACUAAUCUCAUUGGUACUCCAGAGUACAAAGCUUGUAUGGUAAGCAUAUUCUUUGCAAUUGUUGGUGCCUAAACUAACUGUUACAGCUGAUUGCAACCAUUCGUCACAGAAUUUGUUUAUAUUAUCUUGUAAAAUUACUUUUUAGGUAACACUUUGUUUUCAGGUUAGAUUCUUCUUUUGUCACACAGGAGCAUCCACCUUCCAGCUGAUGCUGGAAAGGGGUGAUAAGAAGGAAGUCCUUUGGACUCCACCAAAGUCUUCUGGAGCGGCACCGUGCAAUUGGCAGAAAGCCGCCGUUGUCAUUCCUUAUCAGGUACGUUUUUACAUAUUUGAUUUCGUACUUACUUCUACUGAAAGGUUUUUAUUUGUAACUCAAGAUUACUAAAAAAUCUUUACAGCCUUCGCAAUAUCGUCUCAAGCUGGCCUUUGCCAAGCUAUACAAACAACCAUUAAGUGUGGCAAUCGAUGAUCUAACUAUGACCCCGUACUGCUUCUCAGAGGGUAGGUUACUAUCCCUUCUUACAUCAAUAAUUUAAAAUUUCGAAGUUUCUACUAAUACUCGAUAGUUAUAUAUGUUGAUCGUAAAAUAAUUCGAAUGAAUAGUAUCAUAGAGAACGUGCUUGACAAUCACUGUUUCAGAUAACAGCUGGGAUGCAAAGUACCUACCAGACGCCUUACGACUAGAUACCUUGAAGAAGGUCAAUGACACGGUACGGAAUAGUUGGUCGGUAAAGAAAGACGGCUUGUAUUAUAUCGAACUGUAUGGUGCAGCUGGAGGAAAACUGAGUGGAAGUGAGAACAAUAACGGUGGAUCUGUGAAGGCAGAAGUCACGUUGAGCAAAGGGCAAGAAGUCAAGUUGCUACUAGGUCAACGUGGAGAAAGUCCGUGCUCUAAAGGCUUGGACAGCACGUUGCAGAACAGGACUAAUAAUGUAAGUAUGACUAUCGUAUCAAUAUAAGUAGUCGACGCAAAAAAUAUAGCAAUUCUUGAAACGUUCUUACUGUAACUUGUCAUUUGUAUUCCUCUAAUGCAUGCAAAUUCAAUUUUAUAGGUGCACUACUCUCAAUUGUACCGUAACAUCUGCUCGAACACUGUAAAUGACAGUGAUUUGAUCCGAAAAGAAGUUCAGAAUCUGUUUGGUACUGGUGGUGGAGGAGCGUCUGCUGUAUACAUUGAUAACAAGGUGGUGAUUGUAGCUGGAGGUGGUGGAGGUGUAAUACCGUCAUCAAUAACACCGAUUGAAGAUGUUGAUGCUCGUGGUGGAGUCAACGUCAAGAAUCAAAAAGUUGACGAUGCGCAGCAUUGGGCUUCUGGAUUUGGUUAUUCCUUCAGUAAUAAGGUAAGUAAAUUUUUCCAAAAUGAUCAAGAAGUCUCCAUUCGUAAUAAGACAUAGCAUGUCAACGUACCUCCCAUUUUUGAACGCAAACAAUAUUUUACAACUUACAGUACUCAUACAACUCCACCUGCUCAGACUGUCGCAAGAUGAAUGGCAGAAGCGAAGAUCAACAAGUUUCUGGAGGAUCGUGUCCUCGUAGCCGCAUCUGGAGUGUGAACGGUGGUCUAGGCGGUGGUGGAGCCAGUUGCGGCCCCGGAGCUGGAGGCGGUGGAGGCUUCUAUGGAGGAAAAUACGGCUUCAAAUCCUACGGUAGUGGAGGCAGUAGCUCAGUCACGUUGAAAGACGCCCAAGCCGAGUAUUCCAUCGGAGUAAACGAAGGCGACGGUCGUAUCUUGUUGAUGAGAUGUGCCCUAGCGUGUCCUGACAACUCAACUUGUAAAUUUGAGGAAAACGAGCUUGGAACACCACCUAAAACAUAUUGUUUGUGUGCUAAUGGGAAGGAGACUGACGUCACCGGGGAUUGUAAAUCGAUCUCAUUGCUUGGUAUGUUGUUGUAAGUAGAAUUGUAAUUGAAUUAUAGAUAUCCUGGCCAUGUGGAUGAAGGAGAUUAUGGACUUCAAAUCUCCGUUCGCCUUUAUCGCUAUCUUUGGAACAUUGAUUUUCUUCAUUUGUAAGUUAUGUAACCUGUUAAAAAAUUUAAACACCACUUACCUCCAUAAUCAAUAAUUAAAAUAAUUAAACAAAAAGAACAUUAUCUCAAAUAAUAAAUAUUAAAUAAGCCCGAUAUUAUGUUAUACUUGAUCAUACAUAUUCAUUUACAGUGCUAAUAGCUCUGCUAUGGUUCUGUUGUCGUCGCGGUGGCCUGCUGUACCUAAUGAAACGCUACCGGUUUUGUUGGACUCGAAACAAGCGACACAACAAUGAGUUCAGAGGCCUCGAGAUGAGUGACACAAUCGACUCCAGAAUCCGGAUGAGUGACAGAAUCACUCCAAAUCCAAUAUACGAAAGACUUACCAUGAUGGAGCUUCCUCAGAUCUCUCGUCAUUUCCUCCAACUGAAGCAGUCGAUUGGCCAUGGAGCGUUCGGAGAAGUGUACGAGGGGUUGUUCAUACUGGAUGGUCGAACUACAAGAGUCGCGGUCAAGACUUUGCCUAUGGGCUCCAAUCCCGAGACUGACAUUGACUUUGAGAGUGAAGCAAGGCUUCUAAAGUAGGUUUUGACAAAAUCUUGCGAAAAAUAAUUUUAAUUUUUUUUCAAAAAAUUAGAGAUUGCGGGCGCAAUUAUCAAAAAUAGCCUGCAGGUUGCAAAAGCAAAGUUAUACAAUAAGGUCGUGAUUGUUAUAACGUUAAAAACAUAAAGUCUUCAACCUAAAUUCUAAAUUGUUUUAGCCAUUUUGACCAUCCAAACAUCGUCAAGUUUUACGGAGUUUCCUUCGAAAAACUUCCAAAGUAUAUUAUCCUUGAAUACCUGGAGGGUGGCGAUCUCAGAAACUUCUUGAGGGAACAACGCCCUAAAGUAAGAAGAUUUGUCAUUGAGUUUAUUACCGAUUUCUAAUAUUUAAUUUUACUAUUCAUAUUGUAGGACCUAAAAGCAGGGAAUACUCAACUCAAAAUGGUCGAUCUUCUGAACAUAGCUUUGGACGUGGCCUAUGGCUGUGAAUACCUGGAACAGAGCAAAUUCAUCCAUCGUGAUAUAGCCGCGAGGAACUGUCUGCUGACUUCGAAAGGACCUGACCGUGUAGUCAAGAUAGCUGACUUCGGAAUGGCCAGAGAUAUAUUCAGCCAGGAAUAUUACCGAAAAGGCGGUCGAGCCUUUUUGGCCGUCAAAUGGAUGCCUCCAGAAGCAUUCCUUGACGGUAUCUUCAACUCCAAAACUGAUGUUUGGGCUUACGGAGUUCUACUGUGGGAGAUCUUCUCCAUGGGAUACAUGCCCUACACGGCCAAAGCUAAUCAAGAUGUUAUGCAACUUGUAGUAGCUGGAGGAAGAUUGGAGCCUCCGGUUGGAUGUCCACAAGAAGUAAGUCAUCAUCGACAAUCUUAAAAUGUAGCAAAAAUUCAAUAUCUAAUCUUGUUUAAAACAUAAAGACGAGAUAUAUUGUAAUCAUUUCUAGCUCUACAAUGAAAUGCUACGUUGUUGGCACACAGAAGCCGAUGCUCGACCCAACUUCACAGAACUAGUCAACUUCUUCACAAUGCUGGCUUCAGACCCUGUAAUCGCCAACCUACCGUUACCUCCAAUCCUACACACACAACGUCAGAACACUCCAAGUGAAGCUUCAAGUUCUCUGAAUCCAACAGAAGAAGUUGGUACUAGCCAGGCUACGAAUAGUACUGUGAUGACUGAGAGUACCACCAACUCUUCAGUACAAUCCAUGCCCACCAAAGGAGAAGGUGUCUCUUUCAACGUGUUUCCUCCUUAUGAAUCCAGGUGCACGAAGCCGUUGAUGGAGUUGAGAAGUCGACCUCAGUUCUCGAAUCGAGAACCCAGUCUAUCGUCGCACGAUGAUUCUACAUUGCAUGAUACUUGUUCGGUGAAGCAGAGUCCAUACAAGAUUGAGAAGGAGGCCUUUCAAAGGAUGAGCGAUAUGCAGGUAAGUGUUAAUAAUAUGAACUAGCUACAGAUAGUGUUAUAUCAGCCUUUAUUUUAGAGUGUAGUGGUUCUGUAAAUUUCAUAGAACCAAUUAGCACUAAAUAGCAUUGUCAUACUGUGUAAUAUCUUAAAGCCACUGCGUUUUUAGCCAAACUUCCCAGCCGACCCUCCGCCGACUCCGCCGCCGCGGACGAAGAAGCGAAUGUCACCGAAGGCUUCGGCUUCUUCUCCUUGCUUUACUGGAGCUGAUAGUCCCAUGGUUUAA